UAUUAAUUCUGAUAGCAUUAUGAAUCCAGAGAAAACAAUCAACAAACCCAAAAAGGAAAGUUAAAAUCUUAAAAAUUCUUUUAAAUAUUAACUUCUGGCAGAUAGAAGUAAACAUUACGAAAGCCAAUGUUCAACAAUAAUAAUUAAUCAAUAAAAUAAUAUUCUGAUAGUACCAGCAAAUAAUGGAAUCAUAUUAUAUCAGUUUAAAUAAGGUUAUCUUAAAUAAAUUAAAACAAUAAAGAUUUGUUAUAAAAUAAUGUCAGAAAUUUAAUUUUUUAAAAAAGGUUCUCAUUUUAUCACUUGCUCAUAUAUUUAUAUUAAUUCUGUUGUAAUUACAUUAUGGCCCACAAAUCUCUUAUCUAACCCUAAAUAUACAAAUAAACUUAUAGAACAUACCUAAAUGAUAUAUUGUUUAGUAACUUUAUCAUAAGAAUUUAUCACUGGAGCAAAAGAUGGUAAAAUAAAGUUUUGGGCUAUGCUAAAAUCAUGGCUUUGUCUAUAAACAAUUAAUGAACAUUCUAAAUCAAUUUCUGGAUUAUGUAUAAAUUAAGAUGGGAAUAGAUUGAUAUCUUCUGGUGAGGAUAACAUCAUUUUAUUUAUGGAGAGAUCUAAUUUAAAUAUAUGGGAGGUUAAAUAAAAGAUACCUGUGAAAAUAUUUAGUUUAAGAAUGACAUUUAUUACAAAUGAUGUCUUUUCAUUUUCACUUGCAAUUUACUCCAUUAACUUUUUUUAUUCUUAUGAUCAAUCUACACAAUAAUUUCUUAAAACUAAAGAACUUAAAUAUAGCAACAAAAAAUGCCAGUACGUCCCUCAUUUUCAAUAAAUUUAUAUUCCUUAAAAAUAAAUCCUUGUGAGUAAAUUAGGAUCUAAAGUUUAUUUAAUUAAAUUUGCAUUUCAAUCAAAUAUUAAAUUCAAAUGUAAAUCAUAACAAGUUAUUAAAUUCAAAUUAUCUGAUGCAAUAAUUUAUGGAACUAUGACAAGUGAUGGAGAAUACUUAAUUACAUGGGAUAUCAUGUCAUAACAAAUUUAAAUUAGAUAGUACAAAUCAAUAUGAUUUUACAUUAAAUAUGAAC